AUGCCUCGGCGCCAGAAGAACAAGGCCCGUGCCCGGGAGAAACGCUGCGGUGGGGCUCAGGGUGUCGGGGGUGCUCCUGCUGCUGUAGCAGCAGCAGCAACAGCAGAGGAGCCCCCCCGCGCUCCUCCGGGCUCCCCGGAGGAGGCGGGUCCAUCUUCACCACCCGAAGGUGGCCCCGCCCCUGGGUCUCCUGGCGCAGGGUCUCCUGGCGCAGGGUCCCCAGGCCUGCCAGGCGACCAGGGCGCCGAGAACCCGGCCGCGGCUGCUGCCCCGGCCGCCCCUCUGGCCAUUCGCAAAACGCCCCUGAUCCGCAAGGCCAGCAUGCUGGUGCAGUUCCUGCUGGAGAAGCACAGCUCCGGGGAGCCCCUGAUGCGCGUGGCGCUGCUGAAGAUCAUCGGCAGGAAGUACCGCGAGCACUUCCCCGAGAUCUUCAGGCUCACCUCCCAGCGCAUGGAGCUGGUCUUCGGGCUGGAGGUCCGGGAGGCCGACGACCGCGGCCAGUCCUACACGCUGGUCAGCAAGCUGGCCCAACCCGGCGAGGGCACCCUGGGCGGCGGCAGCAAGGGGCUGCCCAAGUCCGGCCUCCUGAUGGCGCUCCUGGGCGUGAUCUUCAUGAAGGGCAACCGCGCCAGCGAGGAGGAGGUCUGGGAGUUCCUCAACGUGCUGGGCGUGCAGGAGGGCAAGAGGCACCUGGUCUUCGGUGAGCCGCGCAAGCUCAUCACCCGAGACCUGGUGCGCCAGGGCUACCUGGAGUACCGCCCGGUGCCCGCCAGCGACCCUCUGCGCCACGAGUUCCUGUGGGGCCCGAAGGCCCGCGCGGAGACCAGCAAGAUGCAGGUGCUGCAGGUCCUGGCCAAGAUCAACGACACGGUGCCCAGCUCUUACCCCCAGCUGUACGAGGAGGCUCUGCUAGACGAGGAGGAGCGCGUGGGGGCCAGACCCCAGGCCAGGGGGUCUGCCGCGAAGGGGGCCCGUAGCAGGCGCCGCGUCUAGUCAGGCAGUCUGGGCGGCUGCUUUUCCCCGGGGUGGAAGAGGGCACCUUCCCAGUAGUGCAGAGCCCUAGGGAUCGGAGGGAAAAAAAGCAUAGAUGUUCCUCCUGUUUGUUCUAAACUGUUAGCUUCUACAAACAUAUAUAGUUAUACUUAUUUAGGUGUUCUCAAAUGUUUUUUUCUUGUAAUAGGUCAUUUAGCUCUAGAAUAUAAACUUAAGAAUGGCAUGGAUCUCAUUUAUUGCUGUCUCACAAGGGAGAGUUAUAGGUUUGGUAUAUGAAAAAGAAAGUCACAAACCAUCUAUACUAUAUUUACGAUCCAAAAGCAGAUAACAAGGAGCAUUGAUUU